AUGGAGUCUCCUGGAAAAUCCCUGAAGGAAGCUCUGCUCUGCGCUCAGAGCGAGAACCGAGUCACCGCCGGAGUCUACGAGAGCGCUAAGAUCAUGACUGAUGACCCGGACAGUGUGUCCUUCUGCGUCCUGGCCACGGACGAGCAGUUCGAGUGUGACAUCGCUCUGCAGAUCCACUUCACCCUCAUCCAGUCCUUCUGCUUCGACAACGACAUCAGCAUCGUCCGAGUGAGCGACGUGCAGCGUCUGGCUGAGCUCGUUGGAGACAAGGCGGAGCAGCUGGAAGACGCUCACUGCGUCCUCAUCACGAACCCAGCUGAGGGCUCUUGGGAGGACCCUGCUCUGGAGAAGCUGCACCUGUUCUGUGAGGAGAGCCGCCGUCUGAACGACUGGGUCCCUGAGGUCAGCCUCCCCGGCCGCUGAUCGGGGCCCCGGCUCCUCUCUUGCUCAGAUGCUGUGAAGCUUCUUAUCUGGAAAUACUCAUCCCGAUGAGGAUGACCCUGUUUCUGCUCAUCCCUGGAUACUCCUGAGGAGGAUUCCCGUCCAGGCAGCACGGCGCCGGCCCCGAG